CUCUCAUUCCUUUCCUUUUCUCCAUCCCUCGGCCCUUCAUCCUCCUCUUCUCAGCGAUCUUUUUAUUUUUAUUUUUAUUUUUUUUCUAUUUCACCCUUGAAGCACUACUCUGCACUUCACGCUUAAAACAGUGUUCGUAACACACUAUCUCAAUAAAUCGUGCACACACCACUCUCUCUUUCUCGCUCAAAGACAAUCCUUACCAGCUUAUCUCUCACUCAGCCGCUCAUUCUUCAUAUUUACAUCAUGCUCAUGAAUAAUAUAACCCCCUUCCCUUCAUUUUUCUUGUACUGCACCCAAUGCUACAGGCAACAGCAAAAACAGCGCCUUCUAUCGGUCAAGAAACAAUCAACCCGUCGCGUCUCUCGUAGUCGCCCAACAGCUCUCGCCACAACAACAACAGCAUUCCUCCUCUUCCUCUUCCAUGCACUCCCGACGGUCUCCGCACAACCACAACCUCAGCCAACAUCACAGCUCCCACAAGUGAUAUACACCUCUCGUUACAACGCCGGAUCAAGUAUCGUCAACAACGUCCUUUACAUCUGCUCGGGCACGAUCUCGAUGAUCCCACCGUUCCUGGCCACGGCUGACACGCUCGCGAUCCCGUUGGACGCAACAUUUGCAACGACAAAGGUUCCAUGGAAGCGGCUUCAGGCGGGAUAUUUUGUACAAGAUGCAAAGGUCGCAGUUUCGGCGGACCAGAAGAAUCUGGUCCUGGCGGGGGUUGGGGAUCAGAUUGGGCAGCUAGUUGUGGUGUAUGAUAUCACAGAGAAUCAAUGGGCUUAUUUGAGCCCGGCGGCCGUGGCGAGCGUUUUCCCACGAACCCCACGGACAUCGGUGGGGAUAGCGUUGGAUGAGAGUACGGGGCAGAUGGUGCUCUAUGGAGGCACACUUGCUACUGGAGGAGGAGGGACACAGACGUUCUCGAUGGCGGCCGAGUUUGAUUUGUUGGAUACGCAGCCAGGGUUCGAUAAGUGGACUUGGUCGGCAGCAAUUGCGAGCUCGGGAUCGCCGCCGGGAUUGACACAGCCGAUUGUGCUGUAUUUACCGAGGAUGAAGCAGACGUUGAUUAUGGGAGGGUGUAGUCUGAUGAAUCCGGCGAAUGGGACGGUUGGGAGCUGUGUACCGUUUGGAACGGGAUACCUGGUGAACUCGAUGGUGACGGUCGCAAACGGGGCGCCGCCAUCGGUGCCGAUCUCAACAAUACCGCUGAAGGGCGCAGCAGCUGGUGUAGGAAUACCAGUGCCAAGGUUAUCACCGUGUACGGUGGUGCUGGCGAAUGGGGACGUGUUCAUGUACGGAGGCGCCUCGGUGAAUGGUAGUCUAGGGGAUUCAUGGGUGUUGAGUACAACCGAUUGGACGUGGCGGAUGAUGAGCAUUAUGAACUUGCCGUUUCCAGGGCGCGCGGGCGCCACCUGUCAGCUUGCCACGCUGGAUCAAUUGAUCCUUGUUGGAGGGUUUGAUGGCGGACUGACGGGACCUAGACAAUUCUCAGAGCCCCAAGUGGCUAUCAUCAAUACGACUUCAUGGAUCUGGACCACGACUUUUACACCCGCAUCCAUCGCCUCAAAAGGCCAAAAUAUGUCAAUACCAGUCAUCAUCAAGAUCGUCAUUACCAGUGUCAUAUUACUCGGCGUCAUUUCCUUUAUUGCUGUGAAAUAUUCACGAAAACUAUGGAGAACUUAUGAACUGCCCAAGGGCAACGAUUCUGGAACGCUCAGGAACUCUCGGUCAAGGGAACCGCUCAUGGAUGACAACGGUAGCAGGGAAGAUUUUAUGACAGGAUCCGAGGCGUCCUCGACGCCCAUGGUCCCGUUCCGAGCGCAUCACUAUCAACAUACUCGUCAGCAUCAAACCCACAGUCAGCAGCUUAUUUCGAAUCCGAGCCAUAAUACGAUCAACCUCAGUACUGUGGACUUGGGAUCAUCGGCCGCAAGAGCAAGUUCUGGAGUGUCGACGAAACGCGAACGCGAAAGAGAACCGUUCUUGAUCAUCCCGUACGCGCCCAAUACGAACUCGCCCUCGAUGUCGCUUCCAUCGACGACAGCGUAUUCGUCAGACCACGACAACAGCACGCCCAUGGAUUCGGGCACCCUGUUUGACACAGGAACAGGAACAAGAACGAGCUCUGGCUCAAUGAAAUCCAGUGACUUCAGUAUGAUCAGCAGAAAAAGCUCGGACAGCACGUUUUCGAAGGGAUACCAGCUUUCGCGGACGCUCGCGGAUAUACAGCAUGGACAGUAUGUAAAGACUUUGCAGCAUCAAAAGUAUUAUGAGAUUCGGAGACGAGACCUGGCGCUGCAGCGGUCAGGGACACAGUAUACGUUCGAUGGACACGAUGUUGGCGAAGACGAGGGCCAGGAUCUGGCAACCGGAGUGAUUGGCCUACGAGAGGUGGAUGUGGGCGAGGAGUCGAUUAAGGGAGCAAAUGAUGGAAUUGAGGAUGGAACCAUCUUGUUGUCUUCACAUUUAGAUACCACGGCGCUGGAUACUCGAUCUUUGUAAGACCCAGGGACAUAGUAGCGAUGAAGAUCAGCCGUUUUGAGGGGGACAUUCGGACCCCUUGAUAAUUUUUGUUCCGCAACGAUGAGUAGCAUGUACUUUUAAUUAGAAACGUGGAGGAAGCGUUUGAAUGAAGAAAUAAAUGCGC